GCCAGCUGUUAGAAGGAAUAGCGCGUGGCCUGCUCCAGCUCGCAUUGGUCCGCACGUGCUGAAUCCACGCCCCUUGACAGAUUGUACAUUCACGUGCGGGCGGGGGGCACGUGUUUGUCCACGAGUGACUUCUUGUGGAGGCCGGGUAGGUUGCAAGGAAACAGAAACUCCUUGCACGAGCGCUGUAUUUAUUAUUUAUUUGUUUAUUUAUUGCGGGGGGCGUGCACGAGAGUUUGUGCAGGUGCAGACUUUCGAGUUGUGCAAAUUUAAUUUGCUUCACCUGGACGGUCUCUGCAUUUCUUUCCUGCAAUUUGCAUGCGCGAGUAGUGACACUUUCCACUUAAAAUGUAUUGAUAUUCUGGCUGCACGAGACAGUAUGUUCUCAUUGCGGUGCACGUUCCCUACGUAUGGACUGCACAGGCUUCUCCAUGCACACAGUGAGCCUCCAUGUGGACAGUAAGCGGCCAAUGAGCCGUCGUGGAGCUACCACACAGACAAACAAAGGCGCACACGCAGCUGCUGAAAUACAUAUUCACAUGGACAGCGUUGACAGCCAAUCAGCUUCUACUAUACCCCGAGUGGGCGGGUACCGGACUCAUGAAUUUCUAACAAGCGCUCUCGGUGAACACGGAGGACACAAAAGGCGUCUGUGUGGUGUUGUUUUUGCAUCCAAAAGCGUUAACAGAGGCAAACAAGCCAGAAAAGCAGCAGAAGUAAAAUAAGCGACCGUCGGGUUCAGUUUGUUUCUGUUGUUUCCCGUUAGAGGAAGCAGCUCUCGGUACCGCAGGAACAUCGUUUCGGUCUGAGGUUGACAGGGAACAAUGUCUGGCAAAACCGCGGUGGCAGUUGGACUUCAACCCGGCAGUAACGAUAACGUCGCUGCAGAGGCUCCACAGAAGUCCUUUCCUUUUGUUUUAAAGAAGAUUAUGGACAUUCCCCCUCCUAACAUCCUGGAGGAAGGAGACGAUGAAAUCGAGAAAGAGAAGCUGUGCUCGUCUGAGGAUGUGGAGGGAGGCGGGGCUGGGGCAGCCAGUGCCGUUGGAGGUUCCAGAGGAGGUGGUGGCAGCGGCGGAGGGGUAUCAGCCUCCCUGACCCCAGCCAUUUGGGAGAAGACCAUUCCCUAUGAUGGGGAGACCUUCCACCUGGAGUACAUGGACCUGGAUGAGUUUCUCCUGGAGAACGGGAUCCCUGUGAGCCUGGAGGAGGAGGAGCUGCAGAAGACUCUGACCUCAGUGGGAGGAAAAGGCAAAUGCAUCCCCAAGGUUACUGCUACGGCUACUACUACUACUCCUUCUACUCCAGCUACGGCUGCAGCCUCCGUCUCUGCCCCAGCAUCUCCCCCCUCUGCCUCCGCCACCUCUACGGUCACCUCAGAUCCAGAGGAACCGGUGACAGUCACUACGCUGCAACCAGCUAAUUUAGAGGAUGAAGAAGAAGAAGAAGAGGAAGAAGAAGAGGAGGAAUCUUUGCCUGAGGAGGCAGCACCAGUUGAAGCAGUGGAAGUAAAGGAGAAGAAAACAAAUCGUAACGCCAGCGAGCGUAGAACACCCUCCCCCAUCGACCCAGACGCCAUCGAGGUGGAUGUUAAUUUCCAGCCGGAUCCCACAGACCUGGUCCUGUCCAGCGUGCCGGGGGGAGAGCUGUUCAACCCGCGUAAACACAAGUUCUCUGACGAGGAGCUCAAACCACAGCCUAUGAUCAAGAAGGCCAAGAAAGUCUUUGUUCCUGAGGAACAGAAGGAUGACAAAUACUGGUCCAGGAGAAAGAAGAAUAACGUGGCAGCCAAGCGUUCUCGUGACGCAAGGCGGCUGAAGGAGAACCAGAUCACGGUGCGCGCCUCCUUCCUGGAGCGGGAGAAUGCUGCACUGCGGCAGCAAGUGGCCGAGCUGCGGAAGGACUGUGGCCGCUGCAAGAACAUCCUGGCCCGAUAUGAGGCUAAGUACGGCCCGCUGUAAAAGAACUUAGAAUGAAAUCCAAGAAGUGUCAAAUGAGACAAAAGCAAAACUUCCUUCCCCGCAGAAUUCAACACAGACACAAACACCAAGGGAAUCAAAAUUUGCACUGUUGUCUUUGCUGACCUCCAGUCACUGUGUCAAGCUCCAGCUACACCCGACGCUGGAGUCUUGGAUGCACACUGGCAGGCAGCGAGGCAGUCUGGGAGCGGUGGUCACAGGAAGGCCCGUGGAGAGCGCCUGGCUCCUACACUCUGAGAGGAAAGGGGACGAUACUCCCAUGGUCAAACACACAUGGAAAAUAUGGUCUGUUUAAAGACGAUUUCAAGAAAAUCAGGAAAUAUGAAAAGAGCAGGCUGGUACAAAAGAAUCACAGGCUUUUAAAUACAACACACAUCAGUUUUUUAUCACUGCACAGCACUUCUUCUUAGUGGACCAAAGCAUGAGUAACGUCAGUUGUCUAUUUAGAACGGUGCACACUUCCCGUCCCUCACUUUUUUCCUUGUGUUGCACUUAUGUUUGUAUCUGUACGUCCUUUUUAAAAUACUCCGGCUGAGGCUCAGAAGAAGGAUGAUGAUUCACUCAUCACUGGAUAGGAGAGGAACAGAUGAAUAAAGGAGCAGGAGACAGAUUCACAGUUGUACUUCAGCCUGAGGAGAGGGGAAGCAAUGACCUCAGGUCAACAGAGGAAAAAAGGAGGAGAGUCUGUUAGUGGCUUGAUUCAGUCACAGUUCUUCCUUCUUGUAACCCACAUGCACGCCUCUGUGCGCACAAAAAAAACUAUUUGUGUGUAUAGCCAUCUCCCUGCACCACAUAGAUGUGCGUAAUCCAGUGUGUAAUCCAUUUGUUUUGCACUUUUUCUUUAAAAAAAAAACGACAAAACACACAUGGUGUGUAAAGAUUAUAGCAGUGGCAGGUGUCUACCUUAUUAACCACAACCAGUGUGGGAGACACAGUAGCUUAUUAAGAAAAAAAAAAACAUGCAUGACCCACAGUUUCAAGCUACUGUGAUUCAGUUUCCUUUUCUACUAACCUCAGAUCAGCUUCCAGAGCCCCACACAGGAUUUUAUUAAAGCAGACAGAUUUGGGGUUUUCUGUAAAAGAUUUUAAAAUUUAGAGAAUGAGCAGUAGUGUUUUAGUCCUGCAGAUUACUGUCGAAGGAUUAGGUUUUGAUGAUAUCCAGGGCCCUCACAGGUGGAGGGGUAUGUUUAUAUGUAGGGAUGUUUAUUUUACUGCACACUGCAAGUAGAGGGCGCUAGAGCCACUGCGUGCCGAGUCAUGGUGUAGUGAUGGCUGGAUUGUUUUUUUUUUCUCUAAAGAUUUAUCCAGGCCCGAGGUUGACUGCUUCUGAAUCUUGUAAAUAAAUGAUUGUCUCACAGUCUUUAUUUCCUAAGACAGGGAUUCUGACUGUGUGUUUAUUAACCCAAUGCUAUUCCUUAUAUUUGCCAAAUAGUCAAUGAGUGCUGUAUUUAUUCUGAUGGUAAUAAUGCAUCUGUUGAUUGUGAUGUACAACAAUAUGUCAGAUUAUUCUAUUUCCUUUUGAGGAACAAUACUUCUAAUGAAACCAAUGACUAAGCAGGGACUUCAAUGGGUAAACUGUGCUUUUGGAUGUUUGUUUUAAAAACAGAUUUAUAUAGUUAUACGGGAUUCUUCUCUCUGUCUCUCUCUCUCUCUCUCUCUCUCUCUCUCUCUCUCUAUACAUAUAUAUAUAUACGGUAUAUACAUGUGUCUGAACAUGCAAAGGAGAAGACACACUCUCAUUUACCUCAUCCAACACUUCCUAUUUUGAAAGGUUAAGAGUUUAGUAGGGCUACAAAGCAGUGUUGGUUGAAGCAGACAGCACAUACAACACAGCUUAGUUCCAUUUGGCAAAACCUUGAAUCUUGAGUCGAUCAAUUGAGUUAUCUCUUGCCAAAGCGGCUGAGCCUGUGUCUAAAUUAGUAAAUACAUUACAGACUGUUAUAGGACUCUAUAUCUCAAGUGUCUUUGGCUGAUGCAGAUUUUGUGAUCGGUCAGCUUGUGCUCAUAAUCGCCGUAAUCCUGGAAAGAGACUAUAUGUGGCAAUAAUACUCUGUUAUGUAAUGCUUGUUUCAUUUCAGUGAUGAUGUUGUAUGUAAAAUUGCAAUGGCGUACUAAAUAGAAAAUGCCCAUUUGUGCUUCCAGUUUAGAUCCUAUGUAGUCUAGGAUCCUAAUGCAUGAAACCCAGUAAAAUCUGUCUCGUUUUUUUUUUUUUUUUUUCUUAUUGAAUAUUUUACACCAAGUGUACUUAUGUCUGUAAACCAUCACUGAAAACUAGACAUGUUUUUGGAUGGGUAGAUUGAUGGUCUGUUGUACAGUUCUGUCAAAAGAUAGAGCAGAACAUCUGUGCCACGAUGACUCAUAUAAUAGCGCCACUUCUCCUUGUGCAGUCAGUGCUUGAUCUUGGGGGCGAACAUCAGCUGAAAACGGCAUCUUUUGAUCACUGUGUGGAUUAUUUUCUACUUACUAAAGAUUGAUCUAUAUCUAGAUACACUGGAUCAGUUGGUGCUUUUCUGUUUUCUUGAUAGAUUCUGUGUUUAUUUCAGUUUUCUGAUGGUGUAGUAUAACAGACAUUUCAUUUUUGCAUUGACAUUCAAACCUGACAUACACUGCAUUAUGCUGUUUAUACGUCAAUGUAGUGGAUGAAUGCAAACGUCUAGUUCUUUUUUAACAAAAUUGAAAUUGUUGUGCAUACAGCUGAUUAAAGGUACUGGCCGAGAGUCUUUUUAGCAGACAAUAAAUCCAGAUCAUUUAUAAAACAGCAUACAGUAUGUAGCAAACCUUUUUUUUUUUUUUUUUUGAUUCGAAGCGCCUCAUGGAACUGGCUUGUAACUCUCAAACUGAGUUUGAGCUGCAGAUUCUACAGGUCUACACACCAUUAGGGAAGGAAAACAAUAGCUGCAGCUUGUAGACCUGCAGAUGUAGACAUGUCUGUCUCCACCUAAAGGCAAAGACAUUAAUUGCAAUUGAAAACACCUGCGCCACCUGUAGGCAAUAUUGUUUUCUUCGUGUUCAAGGUAAUUACAUGUCAGCCCAACAUGAAGCUUUGACAAAGACCUCAUUCAUUCAUUAUCAAAAAAAUUGAGCACUUAAGUGUUAAUUGUUUGUAGAAAUAGUCACCUGUCCAGAGAGACAUAUUUUACCAAUAAAUAACAGCUACAUCUGGAUGUUUAAAUCCAUUAAAUAUGUAAAAUAUCAAAUGUCACGCACAGAAUGCGAAUAAAGAAAACUGCAGUAGCACCACUCUGCCUGGAGGUGGCGCAUGUGGGAAAUUUGCGUUAUUGUUUUCUUUACCUGCAGAUGUUGCAGAUGUGCAUGUUUACAUCUGCAGGUUUGAACAGCUGUUUGCAGGUGCUGGUUUUAAAACAGUUGGCAGUGGUUUUGGGUGCUUCGCUUCAAUGAUACUAUGUCCUUGUUUACUAUUUAAAGUAGCUACAAUACUCCUGAAAAGAAUAUUUAAACGUCUCUAUUGAGAACAGUUCUAAAGUUUGAUUUGUUUUUUGGUGUUUUUGCUUUCUUUUCUCUUUUUAUAUAAACGUAUGUUUUUGUUGGGUGUUUUGUAUUCUGUGUCCUAACCAUGUACAAGAUACAUGAAACUGCAGUACUGUGUCCUAACUGUAUCUUGUAUCAUGCAUAUGAAAUAAAUUGAGAUUUAAUGACA